AUGCUCCGCCAGCCAUCCCCCGACCAAUCUCUCCAUCUCCCUCGCGUUUUCCCUCAUCCUUUUCUCGUGCCCCCCAAUAUCCAGCCACCCCAGAUAAGGCAAGGCGUCGGCCAACACAAACUUCCCCGCCAGCUCAAAAAAACUCCUCAUCAUCUCCCGGCACCGCCUCAUCUCCUCCCCAUCCCCAUUAAUGCCCGCGAACCUCUUCCCAGCCACCAGCCUCAGCACCACGUUCAAGUUCAGCUCCCACAGCCACUUCUUCAUGUCCACCAAAACCCAGCCCGACCCAUCCUUCCUCUCUUCCCACCUACGGAACAGCUCGUUAACCGACAAAGCCGUCUCGGACGAGCGCACAUCUCGCUGCAUCUUGACCUGCCGGGCCGAGAGCAGCUCAGUAGAGACGAGCCUUCGCAUUUGGAUCCAGUGGGGGCCGUAGGGAGAGAAUCCGAAGGUGGCGAACCCGCGGCUGAGGUGGCAGGCGGCUCGGAGGGCCGGGCGGGAGGAUAUGGCCGAGUCACAGGCGGUGAAGAGGUGUUUGGCGAGCUCCCGGCUGCUGACGACUAG